AUGGAUGAGCUCACUCCUACUACGGAUGAUAGUAACUCUCACGAUAAGAGAAUAUAUGAGAAGUGGAAACGUUUUAAUCGUUUAAGUCUUAUGAUCAUAAAGAGUGACAUACAUGGGGCUUUUAGGGGUGCAAUAUCUGAUGAGAUCACCAAUGCCAAAGAUUUUCUUGCCAAAAUUGAAAAGUACUUUGAGAAAAGUGAUAAAGAAGAAACUAUCACUCUUUUAAAGAAACUAAUUUCAAUGAAAUUUAAAGGUAAGGAAAACAUAAGGGAGUAUAUCAUGGAAAUGUCUAAUAUUGCUUCUAAGUUGAAAGCACUCAAACUCGAGAUGUCUGAAGACUUACUCGUGCACUUGGUGCUUAUAUCUCUUCCUAUUCAAUUCAGUCAAUUUCGGGUCAAUUAUAACUGUCAAAGGGAAAAAUGA